CUUAUGAUGAUUCAAGUUAGGAAUACUGUAAAAUAACAUUAUAUUAAAGGGUUUUAUUACUACAUACCUGUGCCUGAUUGAUCUGCUUUGAUACAUGAACAUAUUUAGUUAAUGUAACAAACAUAUUAACAUAAUUAAUUAACUAAUUAGAUCUAUAGAUAAUCCAGCCUUACUACAGGGAUGUAUUUGGUAAUGGAAUCUUUUAUAAACUUAUAGAUUUACUAAUUACAGAAUUCAACAUUAGUAAGAAUUCAAAUCCUAAGGAUGAAUAGAAGAAACUAAUUCUACCUUACCUACAUCAUUUUAACGCAAUUUUCUGAUAUAACACAGACUUAUUUUAAUUCAACAAGCCUACAAAUGACUCUUCGGCCGGCAUGUCGCCUUAAAACCUUGCAAUUUAUUAAUAUUACAGUUAGCUUCCUCAUAAGUAAAAUACUUGUGCUAAAGACAGUGCGUCGUGCACUCUCAAUGCGUUCUCCAGUUUAAUCGGACAGUUGUAAAUAUCAUUCGCAAUCUUUAUUAAGUGAAAAUUACGUAGAUACGUUAAAUGAUAAUAAUGCCUAUUUAUUGGUUUCGCGUGUGACGUCGUGUCAGCCGGCAGCUUCGCCCGCUCGCCUCCGGUCGUCGGACCUCAUUCAGCUUACACCUCAUGAACCAUGUUCCUGUCCCCUAUUGUUCGUGUGUACUAAACUAGAGUGUUAUUAUUUCUUGGAAAAUAUAAGUGAAGAUUUUCAUUUUUAAAAUGACAGAAAAUAAAAACACAACAAAAGCCUUAGAUAAGGGCGUCUAUAUUGUACACAGCGAUGACUUAAAAACAACACCCGAAAUAACGUUCAAUUAUAAUUCAGACAAGAAGACAAUUGAAGAUGACGUUAAGAAGGAAAAUAAAUUUUGUGGUGCGGCGACGGAUACCUUGGGACACUAUUUAAUAUUAGUGAUAUUAGGUUUGGCGUCAUGGGGUCUACUGUGGUGUGCGUUUGGUGAAGAAUGGAGUUGGAAUGGGCGUUGGUUCAAACCAGCUGUGGUGGCGGCCAUUGCAUUUGCUGCGGGAGAAUUCCUGCAGAUGACCACAUCGCUCCCGCCUUUACUGGCUGCCAUCCUGACGGGUAUUACUGCACGGAACGUCGGUUAUCUGGACAUGCGAGAGUACACGGAGCUGGACUCCUUCAUGAGAAAAAUAUACCCCGUGAUUAUCUUGGGGAAAGGGUCUCUUGGGUGGAAUUUGAGUUACAUGAAGAAGAACUGGCAACAGGUUGCGGCGCUGGGCGUGCUGCCCUGGACCGCGGAGGUGGCAACCAUGGCAGUCUGCAUGAACCUGUUACUCGGAUAUCCAUGGCUCUGGGGUUGCCUUCUGGGUUCAAUAUACGCUUCAGUAUCAUGUCCAGUGCUGAUGCCGACGGUGGUGAAGCUGACUGCUGGCAAGAACUUGGCGAGGAACUGGCCUCAGUUGAUCUGUACCGCGGGGGGCACCGAUACGGCUCUCAGUGUCGGAGUGUUUGGGGUCCUGCAUAGCUUCAUCAUGUAUGAUGGUGAUGACGCCUACCGGUAUAUCAGGGCGGCGUGCGCGCUCUUGCUGGGAGUAGUUGUGGGCGUCAGCUGGGGCAGUGUUGCCAAGUUCCUGCCGCGUUGCCGAGACCCCUACGUAACGGAGUUGCGGGUGCUGUUCGUGGUAGUGGGGGGGCUGUUCGCUAACUUCCUUACUUCGCAGUAUGGAUGGGGCGGCACUGGUGGGAUAGCAGUGCUGGCGUGCAAUGCCACAGCAGCAAAGCACUGGGCGAAGGACGGCUGGCGGCUAAACAACAACCCAGCGUCGACCGCGUACCGCGUCAUGUGGUCAGCGGUCGAACCAGCCCUCUUCGCCUACACUGGGACCUUUUUUGUGAUGAGGUCAUCGAUCUCAAAAGUGAUGUUUCUGGGUUUCGGGAUACUCGUCAUAUGCCUCGCGGUACGGUUGACUGUCUCGUUCCUAGUUUGCUCAAAUCUACAACUCAGGGAGCGACUGUUUGUAUGCUGCGCCUGGGUACCAAAGUCUAUAGUUGAGGCUGUCCUAUGCCCCGUAGCGAUCAACGCGUUAUUAUCUCGCGGCCAAUAUGAUGCACAGACGAUGGAGUACGCUGAACAUUUGAUGAGAAUGACGGUUCAGGCAAUACUAGUCACGACCCCAAUUGGUUACCUACUCACUAGCCAAUUAGGUCCGAUCUUACUUAAAGAAAACAGUAAGGUCGUUAAAGAAUCCGAAGCAUAAUAGAAAAUAAUUACCUAAAGGAUCUCAUUAUUGAAAUACAUUAUUUAUUUUGGUGUAUAAGAAUUAAUGUCAGUCUUUUCUUUGUGAUCUGCGACUUCGAAUCUGUUUCCUGUGGUCAAGACUGCUCUGUAUCAGCCCGUUACAAAGAAUUUGAUAUUUUGAAAGACAAAUGUUACUACCAUGUGUAUCCUGAAAUCAUAUUGAAAAAUAUUGAUUUGAAUCAGCAUUGCGGAGAUCAGAAUGUCGCUUCGCGUAAAAUUGGAAUCUCGCCAUAUCAUGCAUGAAAGAUUGUGUUAGUACUCAGUAAAAUAAGAAAGUAUUCACGACUCAAAUUCUAAUAAUCUAUUUUUCAGCGUACAUUUAUGUAUACCUAAAUUUUAGCGAUUUUUUUUUUCACGCAAAUAUCAUAAUUAGUGACAAAUGAAAUCCGUUGAAACAAUAGACAUCAGGAUUUUGAAACAAUUCAGUAAUUCUGUAAAGCACAUUUGUAGUUUUAAUAUUUAUAGAUUUAAGUAUAGCCUAUCAUUUUCUAAGCAUGUAAAUAAAUGUACUUUUUAAGAUU